CGCGCAGUGAAUUGUGCCGGACCAUUGUACGACGACGAAGGCGACGCGGCGGCUGUAAAUCGUCGGCCGACACGUAAAUUGUAAUCGCGAACUGUGCACGUCGUUCCUACAACGGUCCAAUCGAAUUAGUGAUCGAUCGCAGUCGUUAUUUCCGGUUGCCUGUCCUCCAUAUCCGGACCAUCGCCGCUUCCUCACGGCUGCCGCAGCGGGUUGCAGAUCAGCCGCCCACGCGUGCCAUAUAGCCGUAAACACUCUGUUGCAUUAGUGACUACUGACUAGCUACGACUGGCCACAGGACGCGGUGACCGGUGCAAUCGUAGUCAUGGGUUCCAAAAAGCCGAGCACGUGGUCCGUGACGCUCAAGAGAGACGGCAAGUCCCAACCGUGGGGCAUUCGGUUGGCCGGCGGAGCGGAUCUCAACACGCCACUGAUCAUAACAAAGGUCUACGCCAGAUCACCCAGUGAAAGUAGCCUGAGAGUAGGUGACAUCAUACGGAAGAUCGAGGUAUACGACGCUCGAGACUUGAGACAUUUGGACGCGCAAAAUUUGUUUGGCAACGCCGACCAGUCGAUAACAUUAGUUAUACAAAGGGACGCUCCUCAGUUCAACGGCAGUAGCAGCAACAGCAGUCCGAUCCCGGUGACCAAUAACCAUCAACUCAACCAUCAGCAGCACGUCACUGCGCGACCAAUCGGCAACGGUCUGUACGGUUACGAGCGGUCCGCCCAGUCGCCCGUCAACAAUUUCUGCCGCUUCCCGCCGUCGCUGGUCGACAGCGCGUCCCCGCACGACUGGGACGAGUCGCACGACACCGUGGCGCUCGACCAACAGCCGUACAGAACGAACCCGUUGGUUUUGCCCGGAGCCAAGGUCAAGAGGGAUCCACCAAAGACCGAGUCGUACUUACGCCACCAUCCCAACCCGAUGAUGAGAGCGCAUCCGUCACACCACGAUCAACCCAUGGACACGCUGAUGAAACAAAAGGUCACGGACACGGUGUUGCAACGGAUAAGCAGUGAGGAAGCCAGGACAAGACCCGGUAGACAGGUGGUACACAAACAGUUCAACUCGCCAAUCGGCCUUUACUCUGAAGAAAACAUCGCUAAUUCAAUCAAAUCGCAAACAGGAUACACUCCGGAAGAGGAAGAAGAGAAAUAUGGUCGUUUGAGGCACAAGAAAACAGUGCAGUACGAUCCAGCUAAAUCUGAAACGUAUAAGGCGAUCCAAGAAUCAGAACACGGAGACUUCCACGCUCAAGAGAUAUCGAAGCCAGUGCAACCGAAAGUAUUUACGCCUGUCCAAGGAACUGUAAAAAAAGCUCCGAUUAGCAACGGCCAUGGCCAUCAAAAUCAUAAUAAGUUGUCAGCUCCCUAUCAUCCAAAUCCAGGACGUGUAUCUCCACAACCUCAUCCGACUGCGCCACACCCAAAUGCCAAUUACGUUUCCACUGAAGAAAUUCAUCAAAGCGGCAGUUUCAAGCGCUUGAUGCACAUGGUUAUGACCGAAAACUAGGUGUGAAACUCAAAAUAAAUAAA